AUGUGUUUGCGUUCAUUGGCCUCGCUAAAUGAGGGCAUUGUUGAUAGAAGUGACCAUUACUCAGAUAAGCACAAGGCGCGUGACAACCGUAUAAGUUUUAUUACCGUGCGACCUGCCAUAGACAACCCCAAAGGCUUAUUUAUUCGAGGAAGGGGUGAACAAACAAUCUUUGGGGCUUUUGAAGUAGCUCACGGCUUCAUCUUUGGCUUGUGUAAGCAGCUUGAAGCAGCAGCGAAUCACCACGGAGGCGACCCCUAUCUCAUCAUGAGCUCAUCGCGUCGCCCAUCUCCUCGCUGUCAGCUGGUGGACGGGAUCCCACGCUCCCCGUACCUGGACCCUACAUUGGUCCGCCAAGCGCUGAAGCACAGACCCGAAGACGGGGACGUCAUCCUCAUGUCCUUCCCCAAAUCCGGCACCCACUGGACCCAACAGAUCCUCCAGCUAAUCCUGAACCGCGGCGAGAGCGCCACCAACUUCACCGAUUUUGUGCGAAGGACGCCCAUCCUCGAAAACCACGGCGCCAAGGCGCUCGAGAACCUGCCCAAGCCGAGGAUUACCAGGACACACUUCCAACUGCUCCGUGCCAACGUCAACGAGAAGGCCAAGUAUGUCUACGUAGCCCGCAAUCCAUGGGAUGCCUGCGUGUCCGCGUACCACAUGCUGAAGAGCGUGCCCAAGUUCGGCUUCCAGGACGCCACGUUCGACGACUUCUUCGAGGCCUUCAUGAGGGGCGACUACGGCUAUGGCGAGUACUUCGACCAUGUCAUGUGCGGAUACUCUCACAGGAACGAUCCCAACGUGUUCUUCUUCACCUACGAACAACUCAAGGAAGACAGUCGCGGUGUGAUUCUGAGGUUGGCUUACUUUCUGGGUGAAAAGUACGGCAGGAUGCUCGAAGAAGAUGAGGAACUCUUCGAGCGCGUUCUGAAGAAGAGUAGCUUUGAGUACAUGAAGCGCGUGUUUGGGAUGGAUGCGGAUGAGUUCUCGGCUGCUCUGACUAGUCUUGAGGUGAGACCAGGGAAUGGCGAUGUCGUGGCACGGCGAAACGACGAGGACAAGACCUCGGAGCUGAAUUUCUUUCGAAAGGGUAAAGUGAACGACUGGAAAGAACUUUUUUCGGAGGACCAGGUGAGACGGAUGAAAGCGAGGAUUGAAGAGAUGACGAAAGGUUCAGAUCUGAUGAGCCUCUGGGAGAAGGUGUAAAGCACGUCUCUAAAGCAUCCUGCAAAAGAUGAAAAUAAAAAGAAAGAAGAAUAAUUAAUAGAACCUUCAGAAAAUCACAUUCGGAAUGUUACUCAACUUGACUGUCAAUUAAGUUAUAUUAAGUGCGUCCAUCGACCCCAUGAUAGGCAUGAAACAACAUAGUAAUAAACAGCAUAAUAAAACCUGAGACGAGGACACAAACAGGAAGCACA